ACCAUUUUAAUUGCCGUUUGACUGAGGAAGGAAUUUCCGGACUUCCCAAUUGAGCCUUCUUCUCGGUUCAUCCUCUCUCUGCCUCGUCCCUCCGCUGUCCAUUUUUAUCUCUUCCCCUGUUUUUGUACCAUUUGCGAAGAGCAAGAGAAUCCAUUACCCGCUAAUCGACUCUACGCCUAUAUAAUCUAUAUUAUACGUACAAUAAUAAUAACAAUAAUGCCGCCUUUCCUCCCCCAAAUUACUUCCACUAUUUAAACCCUCAUCCGCUUUCCUCCCCACACUCCACUUUCCACCUCUCUCUCUCUCUCUCUCCUUCCCCUGUUUUUCAGCCUCCCCUGCAUCCCUUCCACUCCUAAAAAAAAAAACAGAGUACGACAAAUUGAACCAAAACCCAGUUCUAAUUCAGGUGAAAUGUUAAAAAAAAGUUGCAAUGCAGGUAAUAUUAGUGGUAGCGGCUGGAAAAUGAGGGUGGCGGUGGUGGGCGGCGGGAUAAGCGGGCUGGGCGCGGCCACCGUGGUCGCGAAAGCGGCGGCGGCGGCGGAGGUGGUUGUGUACGAGAAGGAAGAGUGGCUGGGAGGACAUGCCAAAACUGUCAAUUUCGAUGGCGUGGAUUUGGACCUUGGCUUCAUGGUUUUCAACCGGGUGACAUACCCAAACAUGAUGGAGAUGUUUGAGAGCCUUGGAGUUGACAUGGAGCUAUCAGACAUGUCCUUCUCUGUUAGCUUGGACCAAGGCAAAGGCUGUGAAUGGGGCAGCAGAAACGGCCUCUCGGGAUUGUUCUCACAGAAGAAGAAUGCUGUCAAUCCAUACUUCUGGCAAAUGAUUCGAGACAUCGUCAGAUUCAAAGACGAUGUUCUUAGUUACAUCGAGCAGCUCGAGGACAACCCGUACGAGGAUCGUAGCGAGACAUUGGGGCAGUUCAUCCACUCCAGGGGUUACUCUGAGAUGUUUCAGAAGGCUUAUCUUGUUCCAAUGUGUGGCUCAAUAUGGUCUUGCCCCUCGGAAGGAGUAUUGAAUUUCUCAGCUUACUCGGUGCUCUCUUUUUGCCGUAAUCACCAUCUGCUUCAGCUCUUUGGCAGGCCACAGUGGCUCACUGUUAAAAGGAGGUCACAUUCCUAUGUCAACAAGGUCAGGGAGCAGCUGGAACAAUACGGUUGCCAAAUAAGGACUAGUUCAGAGGUGGUGUCUAUUUCCACUACUAAUGAGGAGCCAGGUUGCACAGUAGUGUGUAAAGAUGGUUCUCGAGAGCUGUUCGAUAGGUGCAUAGUGGCUGUUCAUGCUCCUGAUGCACUGAAGAUACUUGGGGAGCAAGUAACAUCGGACGAGGCGCGAGUUCUCGGCGCUUUCCAGUACAUGUCAAGUGAUAUCUACCUUCACCGCGACACCAAAUUCAUGCCGAGGAAUCCUGCAGCAUGGAGUGCUUGGAAUUUCUUGGGGAGUACGGACACCGAUGUCUCCCUCACUUACUGGCUCAAUGUCCUUCAGAAUCUUGGUGAAACAAGUCAACCUUUCUUGGUGACACUGAAUCCAUAUAACCCACCAGAACAAACCCUACUGAAGUGGAGAACCAGCCAUCCAGUCCCUUCAGUUGCUGCUUCAAAAGCUGCACUUGAGCUUACCAAUAUUCAAGGCAGGAGAGGGAUCUGGUUUUGUGGAGCAUACUUGGGUUACGGCUUCCAUGAAGAUGGGUUGAAGUCUGGUUUGGUUGCUGCAAAUGGUUUGCUUGGGAGAAAGAAGUGUGAACUUCUCAGCAACCCGAAACACAUGGUUCCUUCAGUGUCAGAAACUGCCGGGCGACUCUUUGUUGCUAGAUUUCUUGGAAAUUACAUCUCUUCUGGUUGUUUAAUGUUGUUGGAGGAAGGAGGCACGAUGUUCACCUUUGAAGGAACUGGCAAAAAAUGCUUCACAAAAGUUGUUCUGCGGAUCCACUCCCCACAGUUCUACUGGAAGAUAAUGACACAGGCUGAUUUAGGCUUGGCGGAUGCAUAUAUUAAUGGCGAUUUCUCUUUUGUUGAUAAGGAUGAAGGGCUUCUGAAUUUCUUCCUGGUUCUGAUUUCGAAUAGAGAUUCCGGUAGAAAUGUCACUGAAUUGAGCAAGAGAAGAGGAUGGUGGACUCCAAUGCUUUCAACAGCCAGCAUUGCAUCAGCAAAGUUCUUCCUUCACCAUGUUUCGCGGCAGAACACACUAACACAAGCUCGCAGGAACAUCUCUCGUCAUUAUGACUUGAGUAAUGACCUCUUCAGCUUGUUCUUGGAUGACACAAUGACUUACUCCUGCGCUGUGUUCAAGUCGGAAGAAGAGGACCUGAGAGCAGCACAAAUGAGGAAGAUUUCGCUGCUGAUUGAAAAAGCGAAAAUCAACAAAGGACAGGAAGUUCUGGAGAUAGGUUGUGGGUGGGGAACAUUAGCCAUGGAAGUUGUGAGAAGAACUGGGUGCAAGUACACAGGUAUCACUUUGUCUGAAGAGCAACUAAAAUAUGCAGAGAUGACAGUAAAGAAAGCUGGACUUCAGGACCGAAUCAAGUUUCUUCUCUGUGACUAUCGCCAACUUCCCAAGCACUAUAAGUUUGACAGGAUCAUAUCCUGUGAGAUGAUUGAAGCUGUAGGGCAUGAAUUCAUGGAAGAAUUCUUCGGUUGUUGCGAAUCAGCGCUGGCAGAAGAUGGUCUUCUUGUUCUUCAGUUUAUUUCAAUACCAGAAGAAAGAUACGACGAGUACAGGAGAAGUUCGGAUUUCAUAAAAGAGUACAUAUUCCCCGGAGGAUGCUUGCCUUCAUUGGCCAGGAUAACAACUGCCAUGGCUGCUGCAUCAAGGCUCUGUGUGGAGCAGGUCGAGAACAUAGGAAUCCAUUACUACAAAACCCUGAGAUGCUGGAGAAAAAAUUUCUUGGAGAACAGAUACAAAAUUCAGGGGUUGGGGUUCGACGAAAAGUUUAUCAGAACCUGGGAGUACUACUUCGAUUACUGCGCUGCUGGGUUCAAGACUCACACUCUUGGCAAUUAUCAGGUUGUGUUUUCACGUCCUGGGAAUGUUCCAGCACUAGGCAACCCUUACAAAGGUUUUGCUUCUGCCUACUGAAAUUAUACCAUUUCUUCCCCCAAGUGUGAAGGCUACCCAUGUUUCUAUUUUUGGACUACAAUCUCCAUUCCAUACCCUUUUACAUGGUGUUAAUAACUUUCAAAUGCUUCUCCAAAAUGUAUUCUUUGCCUCAACAAUCGAUUGUUCAGAAAAUGAACUGAGAUCCUCUAACGUUUGGCACAUUGCAUUUGCCAUAAAUCUCUCGUCAGUAUGGCAACUCUAGCUAUCUAACUAUC